AUGCGCCCGCUCGGGGUGGCUCUAAUCGCUGGGAUGGGCUCCCUAGCCUUCCAGCCGACGCUCGUAGGUGCUCAAGAGCAGCCUACGAUUCAUGAAAAUGGGCGGUGUGCGCUUCGAGGACAGUGCGGAAAGCAAUCAUUCUUUGGCGGCGAGCUUCCUUGUUAUGAUAACGAACUAGCGCGACAGCCUGAUGAUCCGGUGCGCCAGAAGCUGGUCAAGCUGUGUGGUCCUAAGUGGCAGGAAGGGCCAAUCUGUUGCGAGAGUGAGCAGAUCGAUACUCUCUCGAGCAACUUGAAGCUAGCCGAAAACAUCAUAUCGUCCUGUCCCGCCUGCAAGGAGAACUUCUUUGAUAUCUUUUGCACCUUUACCUGCUCACCGGAUCAAUCGCUGUUCGUGAAUGUCACCGCAACCGAGGACAACGGGUCAGGGAAACAGCGAGUCACUGAGGUGGAUAACCUUUGGUCUGAGGAAUACCAGAGCGGUUUCUACGAUAGCUGCAAGAAUGUCAAGAACGGCGCCUCUGGUGGGAAAGCGAUCGACUUCAUCGGUGGUGGUGCGACGGACUAUCAUCAGUUUUUGAAGUUCUUGGGUGAUAAGAAGUUUUUGGGAAGCCCAUUUCAAAUCAACUAUGUGACCGAACCGACCGGGCCUGACCCUCAGGGCAUGCAUGCCUUGGCCAUGAAACCUAAGGCCUGCAACGACCCUGACAAGAACUUCCGCUGCUCCUGUGUCGACUGUCCUGAUGUCUGCCCGGAGUUACCCGCAGUAGCGACACACGAUUACUGCCAUGUAGGGCUUCUUCCCUGUCUUUCCUUCGCCGUGAUCAUCAUCUACUCUGCCUUCUUGUUAUUGGUGAUCGGCCUCGCCAGCUAUGUCACCUACAAGGAACGUCGUUUCCGCAAACCUGAACGAGUUCGUCUACUCCAAGACCCUUCCCCUAGCGAAGAUGAGGAUGAGGGAGAAGUCGUUCAUCGUGGAGGGUAUCUUGAGCAGCCACAGGGCAUCUACAAGCCCAACUCUUUGUUAUCAGCACUUUUUUACCGAAUUGGUCUGCUCUGUGCCCAACUUCCAGGUCUCACUAUCUUGGCCAGUACACUCGUCGUGGUACUGUUGAGUCUAGGAUGGCUCAGAUUCGCCGUGGAGACGGAUCCUGUUCGUCUGUGGGUCAGUCCAUCAUCGGCGGCUGCACAGGAGAAGGCCUUCUUCGAUGAAAGUUUCGGGCCAUUCUACCGGGCCGAGCAAGCCUUUUUGGUGAACGACACCGGUCCAGUCCUGAAUUACGAGACAUUGGUUUGGUGGUUCGACAUCGAAUCUCGGGUGCGCCGUAUCAUCUCAUUAGAGCGAGGCUUGAACCUCGAGGAUGUUUGUUUCAAGCCCACUGGCGAUGCUUGUGUAGUCCAGUCACUUACUGGUUACUUCGGCGGCUCGGUCGCCAAUCUUGACCCUGAUACGUGGGAAGACAGACUUCUCCAUUGCACUGAGUCUCCAGGAGACCCCGGCUGUCUUCCAGACUUUUCACAACCCUUGAAACCAGAGCUUAUCCUUGGUGGAUAUGACAGUGCCACCGAGAACGCUCUUCAAGCUCGGGCUUUGGUUGCCACAUGGGUAGUGAACAAUUAUGAACAGGGGACAGAAGGAGAAGAACGUGCCAUUGAUUGGGAGAACAGUAUCCGCCGAGUAUUCGACGUUGCUCGCGAAGAAGCCGUCGAGCGAGGACUCCGUAUCUCCUUCAAUGCCGAAAUCAGCUUGGAGCAAGAGCUCAACAAGUCUACCAAUACGGAUGUAAAAAUCGUGGUUAUCAGCUACGUGGUCAUGUUCAUUUAUGCGUCCCUGGCUUUGGGCUCGGCUACUGUCACGUUGAAGUCACUCUUGACGAAUCCUGCCAAUGCCCUCGUGCAGUCUAAAUUCACCUUAGGCGUUGCUGGAAUCGUCAUUGUACUCAUGUCUGUCUCUGCCUCGGUUGGUCUGUUCUCAGCUGCAGGUGUGAAAGUGACCCUGAUCAUAGCAGAGGUCAUUCCGUUCCUAGUCCUAGCAGUCGGUGUCGAUAACAUCUUCUUGAUUGUCCAUGAGUUUGAGCGAGUCAACUUCAGUCAUCCCGAUGAGGAAGUCGAGGAAAGAGUCGCUCGUGCUCUUGGACGAAUCGGCCCAAGUGUGUUCCUGUCUGCUCUGACCGAGACAGUUGCUUUUGCUCUCGGAAUCUUUGUCGGGAUGCCCGCUGUGAAGAACUUUGCUGCCUAUGCUGCCGGCGCUGUGUUUAUCAACGCCAUUCUGCAAGCAACCAUGUUCGUUGCCGUGCUUGCUCUGAACCAGCGACGUGUGCAAGGUCUUCGGGCCGAUUGUCUUCCAUGCCUCACUGUCCGGAAAGCCACUUCCUUUGGAUUACCCGAGGAGCAGUUAUACGAUGAUCAAGAGGCGGAAAGCUCCCUGCAGACUUUUAUCCGCCGCAUAUAUGCCCCUUUCAUUCUCGAUCGGCGCGUGAAAGCGGUAGUUGUGAUUACUUUCCUCGGUCUUCUCACCGCGGGACUGGCCUUGAUUCCUGAAGUCGCUCUUGGCUUGGAUCAGCGAAUCGCCCUUCCAAGUGAUUCAUACUUGAUACCCUACUUCAACGAUCUUAACACUUACUUCCGCACUGGACCUCCCGUAUAUUUUGUCACCCGGGAUGUCAAUAUUACCGAACGUCAGCACCAGCAGCAGCUCUGUGGACGAUUCACCACCUGCGAAGAGUUUUCCUUGCCAUUCGUGCUAGAGCAAGAAUCUAAACGACCGAACGUUUCCUAUCUGUCCGGCUCAGCUGCUAGCUGGAUCGAUGAUUUCUUUUAUUGGCUCAAUCCUCAGCAGGAGUGCUGCAAAGAAGAUGGCAAGGGGUGCUUCGAAAACCGCGACUCGGCAUGGAAUAUCUCCUUGUCUGGGAUGCCCAUAGGCUCAGAGUUCAUCCAUUAUGCCGAAAAAUGGAUCGAUGCACCCACUGACGCUUCUUGCCCUCUCGGUGGUAAGGCAGCCUACAGUUCUGCCGUGGUCAUCGAUGAGAAUCGGAACACAAUCAACGCUAGUCACUUCCGGACCAUGCACACCCCAUUGCGAAGCCAAGAUGAUUUCAUCCAAGCCUACAUUGCCGCUCGUCGUAUUUCUGACCAGCUGUCUGAGGAACACCACAUCGAUAUAUUCCCCUACUCCAAGUUCUACAUCUUCUUCGAUCAAUAUGUGUCGAUCGUGCAAUUGACAGGCACCCUUUUGGGUUCAGCGGUCGCUAUCAUUUUCGUUUUGACUUCAGCCAUUCUGGGCUCUAUCGCGACUGGCGCAGUCAUCACGACUACGGUGGUAAUGACUGUCGUCGAUAUCAUCGGAACAAUGGCUAUCGCUGGUGUCUCCUUGAACGCCGUCUCUUUGGUCAACCUGAUCAUCUGCGUCGGUAUUGCUGUCGAGUUCUGCGCUCAUAUCGCGCGGGCAUUCAUGUUCCCAUCGCGCAUACUGAUGGAGAAAGCUCCGCCCAAGUUCCGUGGCAAGGAUGCCCGCGCGUGGGCGGCCAUGGUCAACGUGGGAGGUAGCGUGUUCAGUGGCAUAACCAUCACUAAGCUAUUGGGUGUCUGUGUACUCGCAUUCACUCGAAGCAAGAUCUUCGAGAUCUACUAUUUCCGGGUCUGGUUGGCGCUCGUUAUUUUCGCUGCCAUUCAUGCUCUAAUCUUCCUUCCGGUGGCUCUCAGCUAUUUCGGUGGUGGAGGAUAUUUCGACCCUGCGUCCGACGGUGGCUUCGAAGCGAACCUUGCCUCCCGCGGCUACCGGUCAUUGCUGGUCGAUGGCGAUUACGACUCUGAUGAAUAUUAG